GAUGAAACUUCGAAAAGUGGAUCAUUGGUGCACAAGUUGACUCAAAAGAAAUCAAAAAGUAGAUUUAAACCAUAAACUGAUUCAAGAGAUGUUGACUAGUCCGGUAAGGGAAGUCAUACAGGAGUACCAACAGCACAAGAAAAUUAAUUUUUGGGGCCUACAUAAAGAGCUCAUACCCGGACGCUUCACGAGGCAAGGGCAAAGGAGAAGCAGACGAUAACCACAACCUACAACGCCAGUCAUCUGUUGCAGCAGCACACAUCUGCCGGCCCGAACUCUUUAUUCAAAGUUUAUUUUUUUGUUGACAUGUUUAAAAAGUUUGAUGAAAAAGAGAGCGUGUCGGGAACGCAGCAACUGAAAUCUUCUGUACAAAAAGGAAUUCGUAGUAAAUUAUUGGAAUUGUAUCCCACAUUAGAAUCUUAUAUAGAUUUUAUUCUUCCCAAGAAAGAUGCCUUCAGAAUAGUCAAAUGUCACGAGCACAUUGAGCUACUUGUGAAUAAUGCUGGAGAUUUGCUAUUCUUUCGUCAACGAGAAGGACCAUGGAUGCCGACUUUGAAAUUGCUCCACAAAUAUCCAUUUUUUCUGCCUCUGGAGCAGGUUGAUAAAGGUGCCAUCAGAUUUGUUUUAAGUGGAGCAAAUAUUAUGUGCCCUGGUCUCACUUCACCAGGAGCCAAAAUGACUGCUGUACCUAAAGGCACUGUUGUCGCUAUUAUGGCUGAAGGAAAGCAACAUGCAAUUGCUGUCGGAAUCACCUCUUUAUCAACGGACGACAUAUCAAAAGUUAACAAAGGCGUUGGUGUUGAAAAUUGUCAUUACCUCAAUGAUGGACUUUGGCAAAUGAAACCAGUCAAAUAA